UUAAAGUUUCUUAAUUUUUGGGAUUAAUGGUUAAGCUAACAAUAGAUGGGCGGGUGAGAGAUGGGUUGCCUCUUGAACAAGGGCCCAGAUACUUGGAUAAAGAGAGUGAUAAUUUCUUAUUAAAUUACAAGCAACAAGCAGAAUUCAUACUCCAGGAAAUCUCAAGAGCCUUAUCAUCUUCAAAGAUGACCAUUCUCAUCGAUCAUCACUCCCUUAACUACUUGGUCGCAUAUGGGGUCUGCUUCAUCAUUAUAGAUUCCUCAUAUCCAAGAAAGCUAGCUUUCCAUUACUUACAAGAUUUGCAAAAGGAGUUGGAAAAAUUUGAUGGUUCCCUCAUUGACAAAAUUACAAGACCUUAUACUUUUCUCAAAUUCGAUGGUAUUAUUGGGAAUGUAAGGAAGCAAUACGUGGAUACAAGAACACAGGCUAAUCUAUCCAAGCUAAAUGCUAAUAGACAAAAGGAUCUAGAUAUUGUUACUUAACACAUGUCUCAAAUAGUAGAAAGAAAACGACAUUCAGAAAGAACAUCAGAAAGAUCAAUAGCAACUCCUCCUGCCUCUUCAAUAACGGUCUCUCCUCUCCUCGAGGUGAUUGUAUUGAAAUGGACACCAAUUACAAAUGCUGCUGUUGUAUUAUGGGCCAGAUUAACCCUAACAGAAAUCUUUACCCUAUGA